AUGCUGCUAAAAUCGGUAUUCCCGGCCUUGCUGCUUCUCGGUGCGCUGCAGCGCAUCGAAGCCGAGCCUCGUCCGGAUUUCGGCAUUAAGGCUACCAUCGCGGGCACAGCGAAUGUGGUCAAGCAGUCUUCCAAGGUUGGCGCAACGUUCGAUACCGUCGAUAACGUGGAUCUACCGCUAUCGAACGGUUACAAGCUGCUGGAGAACAUGAAAGCUGCCAUCAUUUACAUCGGCACUAAGGUUACAACGGACGGUAUGGCUUUUUCAACGGCACUCAACACGCUCGCCGCUGAUAAGUCGAACGAUGUGAAUGCAGCAUUUGCCCCAGUGUACAACGCCAUCACCACGUUGCGCACGUUGCUGCAGAGUGGCUUUACGGCGCAGUUUACCGCACUGCAGAAGCAGGGCAACUUCAUCACCAAGCAGCUGCUGGACGCGUUCAAGUCCAUACUCGAUCACUUAACGCUGUUUAGCGGUGCGCUGGAUCGAUUGAAGGCGGGCGUUAUUGCGGCACGGGACGCACCCGGUAACCCACCGAACGGUAUCUCGACCGCCAAUUUAAACCGCUACGUGACGUCGAAAAUGACGUUCGAUUUGCAGGAUGCGCUGUCACGCAUGUACGGUGACAUACCGCUCGUCCAGUUCGUCGUGUCUGACACGCAGCAGAAGCUAAGCAUGGCGGACGUAUUCCUCGGUGAUAUGUACAACGAAGCAAAUACGGCCAUAUCCGAUGCGAAAAAUUCGAGGGACAUGCUGCAGAGUGAUGUGAACACCAUCAGCAUGAACAUCGUUGCACAGUUUAAUGACCAAGUAGCGCCGGUGUACAACGAUCAGCUGAAAGCGAUUGGCUUGGUGCAGAGCACACUGCAAGCAUUAAGCACGUACACCGAUGAUCUGAAGCCAGCCCUAGACAGCUUGGCGCUUUUGCUCAAUGCAGAUGCCAUUACCACCGUUACCAACGCUAUCGAGGGCACCUUCGAUGCGUACAAUAGCGACAUGGACGGCUCGAUCGCAAGCGCAACAGCGGUGGGACAGUUCUUCAUUGGCGAAACCUGCGAGGGACUGCGCAUUGCCAUCGAUGCGCUCGUGGCCGCCUCGCCCAAUUCUAACUUUUGUUUCAGCAAAUUUUCCUCCCGACUCUUCAACCAGUACGCACUGGCAUUUUACACCGUGUCCGAGUGCUACGACAUCGAAACCUACCGCUUGUACAGGCUGCAGGACCUUAUGGCACUGGUUGUCAAUAUGAUCAUCUACGAUGUGGAGGAUCUUGGUGAUGCCAUCAGCACCUGUGCACUGCUCACCGAUGGUGCACCCUGCCUAACACUGAUCGGUCCGUACUAUGAAAAGCUUGCGACCACCGUGGAUGAAAAGCAAGACUACAUUGUCAACUUCAUCCAGGCGGAAACCAAAUUUAGCCUGCAGCGGCUGGGUGCAUGUGUCACUACCUCGAAGUAUACGAUUGUUAUUUCGGUGGCCGCCAUCGUUUCUAAUCUGAACUCCUGUACCCAGACCGGACCGGUAGCUCCUUAA